GGGGCCUAGAGCCACGAGUCUCUCUGGUCAGUUCUAGCCGUUGCUGUUGUACUCGUGCUCGGCUCUUGCGUUUCCAUCCGUUAAGACUGAGAGGGCUUACAGAAGACCUGUUACCUUCUCGGGCAGUAUUCUACCCACUGGCCCACCACGUCAGGGGAACGAUGGCCACAGAGUCUACAGCCACUACUGCCAUCGCCGGGGAGCUGGCUUCCGCUGACAAAAUUGAAGAUGCUCCUGCUCCUUCUACCUCUGCAGAUAAAAUGGAGAGUCUGGAUGUGGAUAGUGAAGCUAAGAAACUACUGGGAUUAGGACAGAAACAUCUGGUGAUGGGAGACAUUCCAUCGGCUGUUAAUGCAUUCCAGGAAGCAGCUAGUCUUUUAGGUAAGAAGUAUGGAGAAACAGCUAAUGAAUGUGGAGAAGCCUUCUUUUUUUAUGGGAAGUCACUCUUGGAGUUGGCCAGAAUGGAGAAUGGAGUGUUGGGAAAUGCAUUGGAAGGAGUGCAUGUAGAAGAGGAGGAAGAAAAAACAGAAGAUGAAUCUAUGGUAGAAAAUAAUGAUAAUGUAGAUGAGGAAGCAAGGGAAGAGUUGAGAGAACAGGUUUAUGACGCCAUGGGAGAAAAAGAAGCCAAAAAAGCAGAAGGCAAGUCUCUGUCAAAGCCUGAAACUGAUACAGAACAGGAAAGUGAAGUGGAGAAGGGUGGAAGAGAAGAUAUGGAUAUAAGUGAGCCUACAGAGAAGCUACAGGAAAAAGUUGAAUCGACUUCAAAGCAGUUAACUGAAUCCUCUGGAGAGGCAAAAGAAGCAGCAAUACCAGGACUGAAUGAAGCUGAGGUCACUUCUGGGAAGACAGAACAGGAAUCAUUGUGUACUGAGGAAGGAAAAUCAAUUUCUGGAGCUUGUGUUCAAAAUAAAGAAAGCAGAGAAACUGUGCAUCAGGAAAAGGAAGGAGAGGAAAUAAUAAGCAUAGAGAAAAAGCCAAAAGAAACUUCAGAAGAUCAUCCUAUUGGGGCUCCAGAAAAGCAGGGUACUUCAAUGAAGGUAGAAGCUGAAACAGUAGACCCCACAGUCAAGUCAGUGGACAUGGGUAGGGAGGAACCAAAUGAUCAGGUAGCUACCUAUGAGAGUGAACUAGGAAAGGCUGCUCUUGAGCAACUGUCAGGGCAAGAUGUCAAAGUGUCACCAAAGGUGACUGCAGAGGCUGGAUCAGAUGUCUCUGAGAAGCCAGGGCAGGAGAUUACAAUUCUUCCUAAUAAUGGUUCAGUUGAUGGACCAUCAGCUGCAGGAGAUCAGAUUCCUAGUGACCCACAGAUUUCUGCAGAAAGACUGACAGAGACUAAUAAAGAUGGCUCAAGUGUAGACAAGGCCAAGACAGAGCUGGUUCCUGAAAAGGAGGAAGCUAUGCCACUUGUAGAAGAGUCUGAGGCAGCUGGAGAUGGGGUUGAGACCAAGGUAGCCCAGAGGGCUACGGAGAAAGCACCUGAAGACAAAUUUAAGAUAGCUGCUAAUGAAGAGACACAAGAGAGAGACGAACAGAUGAAAGAGGGUGAAGAAACUGAAGGUUCAGAAGAAGACGACAAAGAGAAUGACAAGGCUGAAGAAACACCAACUGAAUCAGUUCUUGAAAACAAGUCUCUUCAAGAAAAUGAGGAGGAAGAGAUUGGGAACCUGGAACUUGCCUGGGAUAUGCUGGAUUUAGCAAAGAUCAUUUUUAAAAGGCAAGAAACUAAAGAAGCCCAGCUUUAUGCUGCACAAGCCCAUCUUAAACUUGGAGAAGUCAGUGUUGAAUCUGAGAAUUACACCCAAGCUGUGGAGGAGUUUCAGGCUUGCCUAAGCCUCCAAGAACAAUAUUUGGAAGCCCAUGACCGUCUCCUAGCAGAAACCCACUACCAGUUGGGUUUGGCCUAUGGUUACAACUCUCAGUAUGAUGAGGCAGUGGCACAGUUUGGCAAAUCUAUUGAAGUCAUUGAGAAGAGAAUGGCUGUACUAAAUGAGCAGAUGAAGGAGACUGAAGGAUCAUUCACUGAAUAUGAGAAAGAAAUCGAGGAGCUGAAAGAACUGCUACCUGAAAUUAGAGAAAAGAUAGAAGAUGCUAAGGAGUCUCAGCGUAGUGGGAAUGUAGCUGAACUGGCCUUGAAAGCAACACUGGUGGAGAGCUCUUCUUCAGGGUUCACUCCCAGUGGGGCUGGUGCCUCAGUCUCCAUGAUUGCCAGUAGAAAACCAACAGAUGGUGCUUCCUCAUCAAAUUGUGUGACUGAUAUUUCCCAUCUUGUUAGAAAGAAGAGGAAACCAGAGGAAGAGAGCCCCCGGAAAGAUGAUGCAAAGAAAGCCAAACAAGAACCAGAGCUGAAUGGAGGCAGUGGGGAUGCUGUCCCUAGUGGAAAUGAAGUUUCAGAAAACAUGGAGGCUGAGGCUGAAAAUCAGACUGCAAGCCCAGCAACAGAAGAGGGGACAGUGGAGUCUGCAGCUACCGUAGAAAGUACUGCAGCUACAGUUGAAGGCACUGCAUGUUAAAGAGGGAGCAGAACCUUUCUCCCGAGUGAGGGAAAGUGGUUUUGUACAUAAUGUAUUUUUUCACUUUUGGGGAUUCUUUUUGUAUAACUUCAAUAAAGAUUGUAGGCAACA